CGGCGGGCCGCACGCGGACAGUCCAUCGGACCGGUUAGGACGCGGCUCCGCUCUGCCCCGGAGCCAGCAUGAACGGAUGUGCUGACUGCACGCCCAGCCCCAGCAAUCCCUCCGAGGAGCCCGCGGAGCCCCGAACCAGCCAAGCCGCCCUCCAGGAGGACGUGGACAUGGGCAGUGGCUCGAGCGGGAACGAGACCAACGAGAACGGCUCGACGGGGCGGGACUCGCAGGGCAGCGACUGUGACGACAGCAGCCGGGAGCUGGGGCUGCUGGUGGGGCCGCGGGCCCAGGGUCCAGAAACCUUUGGCCUGAUGAUGGCAAAGUCUCAACACCACCUGUCCACCAGCGGCUGCAGCAGCCAGCAGUCCACCAAAGCCGAUGCCCACAGAGAGCUCAUCAAAACACUGAAGGAGCUGAAGGUCCACCUCCCCGCGGACAGGAAGGCCAAGGGGAAGGCCAGCACCUUGGCGACCCUCAAGUAUGCCCUGAGGAGUGUGAAGCAGGUGAAAGCCAGCGAGGAGUACUACCAGCUGCUGAUGCCCAGCGAGAACCGCCCCUGCAGCGCCCACGCGCCCUCCUACACGCUGCGCGAGAUCGAGGGCGCCACCUCCGAGCUCAUCGUGAAGAAUGCGGAUAUGUUUGCAGCCGCUGUAUCCUUGGUGACCGGGAAGAUCCUGUACAUCUCUGACCAAGUGGCCUCCAUCUUUCGCUGUAAGAGGGACACCUUCUACGACGCCAGGUUUGUGGAGUUCUUGGCGCCCCAUGAUGUGAGCGUGUUCCACAGCUCCACCACGCCGUACAAGCUGCCGCCCUGGAGCGACCGCCGCCAAGCAGACUCUUUUACUCAAGAAUGCAUGGAGGAGAAGUCUUUCUUCUGCCGUAUCAGUGUCGGCAAAAACCACAAGAGCGAGAUCCACUACCACCCGUUCCGCAUGACGCCCUACCUGGCCCAGGUGCGCGAGCGGCAGGGCGCGGAGAGCCAGCUGUGCUGCGUGCUGCUGGCGGAGAGAGUGCACUCGGGCUACGAAGCCCCUAGAAUCCCUCCUGAAAAGAGAAUUUUUACGACCACACAUUCGCCAAAUUGUCUUUUCCAGGACGUGGACCAAAGGGCCGUCCCUCUGCUGGGCCACCUGCCCCAGGACCUGAUCGAGACCCCCGUGCUCGUGCAGCUGCACCCCAGCGACAGGCCCCUGAUGCUCGCCAUCCACAAGAAGAUUGUGCAGUCCGGGGGGCAGCCCUUCGACUACUCCCCCCUCCGGUUCCGCGCCCGAAAUGGGGAGUACAUCACGCUGGACACCAGCUGGUCCAGCUUCAUCAACCCCUGGAGCAGGAAGAUCUCCUUCAUCAUUGGGAGACACAGAGUGAGGAUGUGAGUGCUCCCAGGGCCUGGGGCAGUGAGGGAGCUGGGGGGGGCAGACCCAGGUCACCUCCCACCAUGGAUCUGCCCCCCUGGCGGGCGUGGCCUCGUUCAGCCUGUGCCCCACAGUGGCUCCAGCGGCUACGGGAGCCUGGGCAGCAACGGGUCCCAUGAGCAUCUCAUGAGCCAGACCUCCUCCAGCGACAGCACCGGCCAGGAGGACCCCCGCCGGAGGAGAGCCGAAAUUUGUAAAAAUGGUAAGAAGGCCAAAAGCAAAAUUCAUUACCCUGAUGAAUCUGGAGAACAAAAGAGCAAGCCUGCUUCAGAAAUGCCGAGGGGUUCCCCGACUCUGAUGAAAGCUGCUGCGGCCAUGGAGAAAGACAGCUCCAGGGCCAGCCUGCCCGAGGUCAGCCCUCCCAAGGAGCUGGCCUGCAGGGACCCGCCGGCCGGCUCCUACCAGCAGAUCAGCUGCCUGGACAGCGUUAUCAGGUACCUGGAGAGCUGCAGCGAGGCAGCCACCCUGAAGAGGAAGUGCGAGUUCCCUGCGAGCCUCGCCACGCCCCAGGCCAGUGACAAGCGCCAGGCCCUCGCGGGCCCAGGGCUGCAUGCUGCAGAGGCAGCAUCGCCCUCCCCGAUGAAGGGCCGCAGGGACAUGAGCGCGCGCCUGACGUCGCUGACGCUGCCCAGCAAGGCGGAGAGUGUGGCGUCCCUCGGCAGCCAGUGCAGCUACAGCAGCACCAUCGUCCACGUGGGGGACAAGAAGCCGCCGCCCGAGCUUGAGCCGCUGGGAGAUGCUGCUGCGAGCGGGCCCGAGUCUCUGGAGUGCCCGGCGGGCCCCGUGCUGCCCUGCGGCCUCAGCCAGGACCAGGAGGCCUUCCGGAAGCUGGGCCUCACCAAGGAGGUGCUGGCCGCCCACACCCAGAAGGAGGAGCAGAGCUUCCUGCUGCGGUUCCGGGAAAUCAGGAAACUCCAUGUUUUCCAGUCUCGCUGCCAUCAUUACCUGCAAGAAAGGUCCAAGGGGCACUUGAGCGACAGAACUGCUCCUGGACUAAGAAAUACCUCUGGAGUAGACUCCUCUUGGAAAAAAACCGGGAAGAACCGAAAACUGAAGUCCAAACGUGUCAAGCCUCGCGAGUCCUCGGGCAGCACCGGGUCUGGGGGUCCAGCGCCCCAGCGCCUCCCACUGGUGGGCCUGAACACCACAGCCUGGUCCCUGUCGGACACGUCACAGUCCAGCUGCCCAGCGAUGCCCUUCCCUGGCCCAGUGCCAGCCUACUCCCUGCCCUUGUUUCCAGCGCCAGGAAUAGUGACCGCACCAGGGACCGUGACCACAGGGUCUGGGGCUGCCCACACUGACCUCGCAGUGCCCGUGGAUGCCCAGCAGGCGCUCAGGGUCCAUCCCUCGCCGUUCGCCAGCCCCUUGGCCCCGGUCAUGGCAUUGGUCUUGCCCGGCUACUCCUUCUCCCCGGUGACCCCAGCCUUGCCCCCAGCCUUCUUCCCCAGCCAGCCGAACUUUGCAUCUGAGAUGCCUCCUGCCUCACAGCCCGAGUUCUUCCCCGAUCGGACCUCAGCCCCCAAACAGCCGUGCCCAUGUGCCCCAGCGGAGCGAGGGCCACCCAUGUCGCGCGUGGCCACCCCAGGUACCCCGCCCCCCUCUGCUGGGCCCCCAGACAGGACCUCCCUGCCACUCUUCCAGUCCCGCGGAAGCUCACCGCUGCAGCUCAACCUCAUGCAGCUGGAGGAGGCCCCUGAGGGCACCGCAGCGGCCACAGGGGCCACAGGGACCGUGGGUGCAGGUGCCGACUGCAAGCCUGGCUCAUCCUGGGACUGGCAGCCCAAGUCACCCCCAACCCGUGAGGAGCCAGCGGAUGCCCCGAACAGUGACUCGCUCUCCUCAUCCAGCGGCUUGCUGCGCCUCCUGCUGCAGGGGGACCUCUGCUCGGCCACGGGCUCUGCGCUGUCUGGGAGCCAGGCCUCCGCCACCUCCUGCUCCCUGGCCUCCGGCUCCCUGGGCUGCGAUGCGUCCAGAAGUGGGCCAGGCAGCAGCGACACGAGUCACACCAGCAGGUAUUUCGGAAGCAUCGACUCUUCAGAGAAUAACCACGGAGCAGCAGUGAAGGCGGAGGUGGACGGGACUGAGCACCUCCUCAAGUAUGUCCUCCAAGACCCCGUCUGGCUGCUGAUGGCCAACACGGAUGACAGCGUCAGGAUGACCUACCAGAUGCCUGCACGAAACUUAGAGACGGUCCUACAGGAGGACAGGGAGAAGCUGAAGGCACUGCAGAGGUUCCAGCCCAGGUUCACAGAUGGGCAGAAGCAGGAACUGCAGGACAUCCACCUGUGGAUGCGGUCAGGUGGCCUGCCCACGGCCAUCGACGUGGAGGGAUGUGUUUACUGUGAAAACGAGGGAGAAGACAGCCUUUGUGUGGCAUAUGAGGAAGACACCCCUACACUGGGGCUCAGCGAAAUGACAGACACCAAAGGAGAGGAGAGUGGGCCCCCCUGAGCGUCAGCUCUGGGCCAGCGGAGCCAGCGCCUCCUCCUGGCUGAGCUGGGCCCCGAGCCUGUGUUCCAGGGUGGCCCUGCACCCUUUUUAUGGGGAGUAGGGCCACUCAGCUCAGCCCCUGGUGUUCGCAUCCGCUCUGCAGUGAGCCCGGGCACCUGCUCCUCUCUCUCCCCACCCGCUCUGGGUCGUCUCUCGCACCGGGGCUGGCUGCCUGUGCGCUGGCCCAGGGCUGAAGGCAGCGAGAUCAGAAGGAUCUGA